UGUCUGUGACCACAGGAGCGUGACCCGGCUCACACUCACGUCUGCUAAAUCUGUCGUCUGCUGGAUAUUUCUAGACACAAAAUGACCAAAAGUUUGAGGUCAGUACUGGUCGUCUGCCUGACCUUGACCCUAGCUGAUGCCUACCGCAGGUACCAGGACCUGAUCCCUAACGGCCACAACGUCCCCGAGCCUUGUUCUAGAAACCUCUGGCCGGGGGUGGGUCACAACAACAUACAGGGGGGCGGGCAGAGGAACUUGUUCGGACGAGAUUUUGAAUGUGCUGGGUCAAAGUGGACGGUGGAACUAUGUCGUCAAGACUCGGACAAUGACGGGGUGACCAAUGGUCAGGAGCUGGGCGACCCAGACUGCAAGUGGACACAGGGGAGCAUACCCACACGAAUCUUUGCCAUUACACAUCCAGGUAUACCAGACAGUUGAUCACGUGACCACAAAUCUCAUCACGUGGCUGCAGGUUGAAUUGUGUAACAA